GAGAGGGGCAUUCUCAGAUUUCCAGAUCUCUCCCAGCCGAGUCCGCUGUGCCGCUUCCACAUCACGGCCGACGGCAAACCGAUACGACGACGACGACAUGCGCCCAGAGUGCUUGAAUCCCGCGUCCAACCCAACCGGUCUGUGUUGUCCCAAACCCGCCUAGACUCAGACAAGGUCAGGAGAUUCGGUCCUGAGGGAAUGGUGCUGGUGAGAUGACCUGCGUGACCUCACUUUCCUCAAGAGAUCAUUCUCCAAUCAAAAGAGUGGAGCAAAAUCUAGUUGGUACAUGGUUGGCAGGUUCACAUGAUGGACAGGUGAUGGAGUCUUCCAUCAUCUUUCUCCACCAGUGACUCGGCCUGCCAGCCCUUCCUCUGAGGCAUAAGUGUGUACCAGCGGUCCAAGGCCCCCUAUUUCUCUGCCAUGGUGACAUAAGCAGCGCUGCAAUAUGAGGGAGAGCCAAAGUGAGACCGUCUCAUUUCUUUCUCCAGUAGCUGCUGCAGCUGCUACCUUAUCGCCGUUUGUAUUUAGCUCCACAGCGAGACUGACUUUGUUGUGAAUAAUCCCUGCUCACCGUUUUCUACCCACACCGAGAGAGACUGCCCCCAAGGCGUGUUGCUGGGCCGGUGGGGCGGAGCGGUGUGGCGUGAGACGAUGCUGGGAUGCGUGACACGCCUCCGUCGGCUGGUCCGUCUCCUCCCCUUGCAGACCUCCCUCCUCCUCCUUUUCCUCUUCUGCACCGUCAGCGUCUUCAUCUCUGCCUACUUCCUCUAUGGCGUCAAGCGGGAGCUGGAGCCAUCGGGAGGGGGCGUGUCCGGAGCCGAGGGUGCAUCCGCCGACUCCGACGACCCGAGGGUCACUCCGUCCCGCCUGCUACCUCUGCGGAGCGUCUCAGGGGGCCCCGGGGUGGAUCCCGGAGGGGCCAGGACAGAUCCUGUGGUUCUGGUGUUUGUGGAAAGCCAGUAUUCUCAACUGGGUCAGGAGAUUGUGGCCAUUUUGGAGUCUGGCCGGUUCAGGUACCGGACUGAGAUCUCUCCCGGUAAAGGGGACAUGCCCACAUUGACAGACAAAGAGCGAGGGCGUUUCACGCUGGUGAUUUAUGAGAACAUUCUCAAGUAUGUAAACUUAGACGCCUGGAACCGAGAGCUGCUGGACAAAUACUGUGUGGAAUAUGGAGUGGGCAUCAUUGGCUUCUUCAAGGCCAAUGAAAACAGUCUGCUCAGCGCACAGCUGAAGGGCUUCCCCCUCUUUCUUCACUCUAACUUGGGUCUGAAGGACUGCACGGUCAACCCCAAGUCCCCCCUGCUCUUUAUCACUCGGUCCGGGCAGCCCCUGCCGGGUCCUCUCCCUGGGGAUGACUGGACCGUUUUCCAGUCCAACCACUCCACAUACGAGCCCGUGUUGCUGGCCAAGACCCAGUCAGCUGAGAGCGUCGCAUCGAUGGGGCAGAACGCUGCUCUGCUCCCGUCUGUGGUGCAGGACCUGGGGCUCCACGACGGUAUCCAGAGGGUCCUGUUCGGCAACAACUUGGUCUUCUGGCUGCACAAGCUGGUGUUUGUGGACGCUGUGGCCUUUCUGACAGGGAAGAGGCUCUCGUUGUCCCUGGAGCGCUACAUCCUGGUGGAUAUAGAUGACAUCUUUGUGGGCAAAGAAGGCACACGCAUGAAGGUGCCUGAUGUAAAGGCCCUGCUGGAAACACAGAGGGAGCUGCGCACCCAUGUGCCCAACUUCACCUUCAAUCUGGGCUUCUCAGGGAAAUUCUUUCACGCUGGCUCUGAUGAGGAGGACCUGGGAGACGACCUGCUGCUUUCCUACGUGAAGGAGUUUUGGUGGUUUCCUCACAUGUGGAGCCACAUGCAGCCUCAUCUAUUCCACAACCAGUCCGUGCUGGCUGAGCAGAUGUUGCUCAACAAGAAAUUUGCCAUGGAGCAUGGGAUCCCCACUAACAUGGGCUACGCUGUGGCACCUCAUCACUCAGGCGUCUACCCUGUCCACAUGCAGCUGUACGACGCCUGGAAGAAGGUGUGGGGCAUCAAGGUGACCAGCACAGAGGAGUACCCACACCUGAAGCCUGCUCGCUUCCGGCGAGGUUUCAUCCAUAGCGGCAUUAGUGUGCUGCCUAGGCAGACAUGCGGCCUUUUCACACACACCAUCUUCUAUAAAGACUACCCUGGCAGUCCGAAUGAACUGGACAAACUCAUCAAUGGAGGAGAACUCUUCCUCACUGUUCUGCUGAACCCUAUCAGUAUCUUCAUGACCCACCUGUCCAACUAUGGGAACGAUCGCCUCGGCCUGUACACCUUUAAAAGCCUGGUGAUGUUCGUCCAGACUUGGACUAACUUGAAGAUGCAGACUCUGCCGCCUAUUCAGCUGGCUCAGAAGUACUUCAGCCUGUUCCCUUCGGAGAGGGAUCCCCUCUGGCAGGAUCCCUGCGAGGACAAAAGGCACAAGGACAUCUGGUCCAAAGAGAAAACAUGUGACCGCUUCCCCAAACUGCUUGUCAUCGGGCCUCAAAAGACAGGGACAACAGCGCUGUACCUGUUUCUCGGCAUGCACCCUGACCUGACCAGUAACUACCCCAGCAAGGAGACCUUUGAAGAGAUCCAGUUCUUCAAUGGACACAACUACCACAGAGGCAUCGACUGGUAUAUGGAGUACUUCCCUCUGCCCUCCAACACUAGUUCAGACUACUACUUUGAGAAGAGUGCCAACUACUUUGACUCUGAGGUGGCUGCUCAGAGGGCUGCAGCUCUCCUGCCCAAAGCCAAGAUCAUCACCAUCCUCAUCAACCCAGCAGACAGAGCUUACUCUUGGUACCAGCACCAAAGAGCCCACGAUGAUCCAGUAGCGUUGAAGUACUCCUUCCAUGACGUCAUCACCGCAGGCCACGACGCUCCAGUCAAACUACGGGUCCUCCAGAAUCGCUGUCUGGUGCCAGGCUGGUACGCCAUUCACCUGGAGCGCUGGCUCAACUACUACCACUCCAGCCAGUUGUUAGUCUUAGAUGGACAGAUGCUGAAGACUGAGCCCGCCUCAGUCAUGGAUAAAAUCCAGAAGUUUUUAAGCCUCGCCAAUAUCAUCAACUACCACAAGAUCCUAGCGUUCGAUCCUAAGAAAGGUUUCUGGUGUCAGCUGCUGGAGGGUGGGAAGACAAAGUGUUUGGGAAAGAGUAAAGGGCGCAGGUACCCUGACAUGGACGCUGAGUCCCAGGGGUUCCUCAGGGAAUACUAUAGGGAUCACAACAUCGAGCUGUCGAAGCUGCUCUACAGGAUGGGUCAGCCGCUGCCCAGUUGGCUCAGAGAGGAGCUGGUCCACACCAGGUAGCAGCACCACAGCAGGAGAACACAGCUCUAUACACUGAACCACUGCUUGACCCUGCUGGGGGACACCGGACAAGUGGCCCGAAAUGUUGAAGGUCCCAAAUAGUUUUGAAAGAAACAUACCGAGAUAUGAGGAUGGGACGCCUAACUCGAACUCAACACUCUACUGUGAUAUUCCCAAAUGAACAGGGCGACAGUGGAUGGUGGGCAAGAAGAGAGCGUAGUUGCUUCCAGCAGCUGAGAGCUCGCCCCUCUCUACCUGAGGUUUGAAAUGCCAAUGCUCUGAUGAUGGCCGCCACUGUGCCCUGAAGAAGGAAGAGGAGGAGGAGGAGGAGGAGGAGGAAGGAAGGCUCAGUGAUGCACAGGAGGGACCCUCAGUGUUUGAUAAUCACACCCCUGCUCUUCGUAAUCAGACCUCCUCUUCUUCGCAUGAACUUCAUUCUGAAAAUCAAAGAAAUGGAAAAAAAAACAAAACAAA